GCGUUUGGAGGCCCGUCUUCUUGAUGCUUCCGUUUGGCCACAUGUUGGGGAUGCGUGAGGUUGAGCGAUCCGCGCUCGUAAGGUCUCGGUAAGCGGGCAUCCUACGAUGUCUGAAUUUGACGAUGGAAAAAAAAGCAUCAAGCCUACUGCUUAUGAAAAAAUAGUCCUGAAUGAUGUUUCUGAAUACUGUUAUUUGAAGAUCCAUUUGGAGUUUGAAGAAGCUGGCAUUAGUUUAAAUCCUGUUGAUUUCAAACAACUUAUCAUCUCUGCUUUGAAACGGCUCCAUGGUGAGGUUGGUGCUGCAUUACCUGUUGAUGUUUUGACAUACGAGGAAGAAACACUGACUGCCAUACUUAGAGUAUCUAAUGCUGGCCAUGUAAAACUGUGGAGUGCUCUAUCAUUGCUUGGUUCAUACCAGAACAGAAAAUGUGCUUUUAGAGUGAUACAGACUUCUCCAUUUCUUCUUGCGUUAGCUGGGAACAGCAGAGAAAUGGUGCUCGAUUAAUUAUUCAGUUGAUUAUGGUUUGUAAAAACACUAUGAUGCUGAUGCCAUUGCCCAAAUGCAGAUUUUUUUGUGUGAGACUUGGGAGAAUAUUUUCCAUAAAGCCAAGCAUGUCCAUGCCAUUCUUCACUCAACACCGUGUUCAGCUUUUACACAUAAAAGUUGGAGACAAAGCUGAAAUAAUUAAGAAAUUCACAUCAAAGGAUAUUGUUACCUUUUCUGA